AUGGACUCCAACCUACAGGGGACAUUCCUUCUCAACAACCCUCCUCUGCCCCCGUUCCCAGAUGUGAAGACCCCGAUGUGCCAAUAUACGGUGCAAAACUCCUUCUACAAGCUCAGCCCACCAGGGCUGAGUGCCCAGCUGGCUGCAGGCACCCCACAUGGCAUCAGUGAUAUCCUAAGCCGGCCGGUCGCACCACCAAAUGGCGGCCUCAUCUCUAGCUACUCCCAUGUUGGCGGAUUCAAUGGAAUGGGCACCCAGAGUCUUUACUACGGGUCCCAAGUGGGGAACUUCUCCAAGGCCAGUAGUGAAUACUCGGCCAGGGGCCGCAGCUGCUGGGCAGACACGGGACAGGACUGGCAUGGAGGUCGGCCAUGCAACAACCCUGCAGGGCAUGCGGAUGAUGGCCUCCACAAGAAGAAACACACCCGGCCGACCUUCACGGGCCACCAGAUCUUUGCACUGGAGAAAACCUUCGAACAGACCAAGUAUUUGGCUGGGCCAGAGCGGGCCCGAUUGGCCUAUUCCCUUGGCAUGAGUGAAUCCCAAGUGAAGGUCUGGUUCCAGAACCGGCGCACCAAAUGGAGAAAGAAGAGUGCCCUGGAGCCGUCAUUGUCCUCCACCCGAGCGGGUGUUGGAGCGGGUGAGCGCUCUGUCUCUGACGAAGAUGACGAAUACAACAAGCCUCUGGACCCUGACUCAGACGAUGAGAAGAUCCGGCUUCUGUUGCGCAAACAUCGGGCAGCCUUCUCUGUUCUAGGCCUGGGCACUCACAGUGGCUGA